GGGUCAGUCUUAUUACAGUACACUACAGGCACACUGCUCUGCUGCUCACCGACCGACAGACAUUCACCAUGGCUCUUGCACUGAAUUGCACACCCUUUUUGAUGUCUAUUAUUUGUAUUUCGUUGCUUUUUGCUAGCGUAUUUUGCGACGCGGACGAAGAAGAAGAAGAUGAACAUGCCAAGCACUCUUACACGGUGGAGAUGUUCAACGCCGCGGUGCCCACCGCACCUCACUUUGUCAUGUUUUUCGCCCCAUGGUGCGGCCAUUGCCAGAGAUUACAGCCAGCAUGGAAUGAACUGGCAGACAAAUACAACAACAUGGAUGAUCCUCCGGCGUAUGUGGUGAAAGUUGACUGCGUCCAGGACACCAAGUUCUGCUCAAAUAAUCACGGCAUCAGAGGCUACCCUACGCUUAAGUUGUUUAAGCCAGACCAGGAGGCUAUUAAGUACCAGGGGCCUAGAGAUCUGAAGUCUCUGGAGACCUGGAUGCUGCAAACACUCCAGGAUGAGCCUUCAGAACCAGAAAGUGAACCAGAGCCUCCCAAAGCCCCAGAGCCUAAACAGGGAAUGUAUGAGCUCACUGCUCUCAACUUUAAGACCCAUGUAACCAAAGGUGCUCAUUUUGUCAAGUUUUUUGCCCCUUGGUGUGGCCACUGCAAAGCCAUGGCCCCCACCUGGGAUCAGCUGGCCAGCACCUUUGAGCACUCAGAUGAUGUCAAGAUUGGCAAGGUGGACUGUACACAGCACUAUGAGGUGUGCUCUGACAAUGGAGUACGGGGAUAUCCCACACUGCUCUUCUUCAACAAUGGCCAGAAGAAGGAGCAGUACAAAGGAAAGAGGGACUUGGAUUCUUUAAAGGACUUUGUGGACAAUCAGCUGAAGGCUGUUGUCGCUGAGGAGCAAGAGCCAGAACCCAGUGAAGAACAAAAAGCAAAUGAGAUUCCUAGUGAUGAGCCAGCCAAAGAGGAGUCCGGUGUGUUGGACCUGACGGAAGACACUUUUGCACAGACUGUGUCCAAGGGCUUAACCUUCAUCAAAUUCUUUGCUCCAUGGUGUGGCCACUGUAAGAACCUUUCUCCAACAUGGGAGGAUCUCUCCAAGAAGGAGUUUCCUGGCCUCACUGAUGUCAAGAUAGCCAGAGUGGACUGCACUGUAGAACGCUCACUGUGCAACAAGUAUUCUGUUAGAGGUUACCCCACAUUGCUCAUGUUCAGAGCGGGGGAACAGGGUGACGAGCAUCAUGGUGGACGCGACCUGGAGAGCCUACAUAGCUUUGUGAUGAAGCAGGCGAGAGACGAGCUGUAGAAGUAAGCGCCCCCACUGCAUAUCUGACCAGCAGGACACCACUCACGCUCUCAUUCAGUAGCUCCCCUUUAUCUCUCUCUGCACUCGGGUUCUCUUCAUCAAAGGAAUUAGCCUAUGGCAGACUGAAGGACUCUUGCUUUUUUCCCCAGUGUUCAAGGACAGAAUGAUUCAGUCGUGUCUUUGGAAUGUGAAUGUAUUCAUCGUUGCUGUUAACAAAGUUCUCCUAAUCUGUAUUUCUUGGGUCGGGAAAUGAGGUAAUACUGUGUAUUUGGGAAAUCCACUUGGCAAUGUCCAAAUUUCCUUUACAGGUUAUGUUUAUCAAAAGGGUAACUCUGAAGGACAAAGGUUCUGGGUUAAAAAAAAAAAAGAUUGUUUCUGACUUAUCUAUCUUAUGUAGCCAUUUGACUUUUUUGAAAUACAAAAUUUUAUACAUGG